AUUUUAUUCCCAAGCAAGGUCACGGCGGCGCAGCAGCCCUUCUAGUUGCUAAAAGAGACCAUCAUCUCAAACUAAUCUCUCACGCCAGGAAGACCGGCACCUGCAGAAAUAGAUCCAUUCUCUCAGCCCAACCACAAUGCCCCUGGCUAGUAUGAUUUCCGACCAUGAAUAUUCUUGCGGUGUGCCGGGACACGAGUUCGCCCAACGACCAUGGCAAUCUGUUCCGUGGGCUGGCACCAAAUCAAAUGAGAUGCCUGAGCUGCAUGAGGUGUUAUGGCUUCUUUCACUCAGUGGGCAUCCCCGUUUGCACGCUACAGGCCUCACUCGUGUUGCUGCUUGUUGGGUUACCCAGCACUGGUGCCGACGUCGAACCAUCAUCAAAGCAAGAUUACCAACGCAGCGCAGGGCUCGACACCAGUGCCGCGAAAGCGAGGGGGGAGGAACCGAUUGCAAACACUCCAUCAUAUCUCGUCGCGAAACUAAUGAAAAUUCGGGGUUUUCGAGCAACGGUGAAAUGUGUACGUGCGAUUCCCAUAGACAUUGACAGCCCGUUUGGGCUCCGGUGGAACCUCGUGCUCGACGGCACUGGUGCAUCGGCUUCGGGCAUGGCUUAUCGGUUCGGGCCUUGGCAUUGAUGGAGACGGUGCAGUUUGGCGGUUUUCGUGAGUGGUCCAACGGUGCGCACCGUGCUCGAGCUGGCAGGCCGGUGUUGCUCGUCUCAGUGAGCGGCCUCGCGUCCUGCUAUGCACUUGCCAGCGUAGACGGGGAUUUCGACCGUACCUUAGGCCAAGACAAAGCCGCCCCGGUUGCAGGCAAGUUCGCCCCCCCUCCACGCAA